AUGGCUACCACGGCUGCGAUGAAUGGCAACCAACAGGCCUUUGCGCCGGUCCUGGCAGCAUUGGCAACCAUGUCCAGCACCGGCAACCGAGAUCAAAAGAGCCAGGCGCAUACAUACCUCGAGGGGUUCCAGAAAUCACCCGAAGCGUGGACGUCGACUUUUGCGAUUCUUCAAUCAUCAGAUGCAACGGACGAGGCCAAGCUAUUCGCGGCAACGACGUUGAAGGGAAAGAUAAUCUUCGACCUCCACCAAAUACCAAAGGAGGCGCUACCACAGCUCCGAGACAGCCUCCUCUCAGUCGUCGCCUUAUAUUCUGGCGGACCAAAACCUAUCCGUACGCAACUAAGCGUCUGUCUAGCCAACCUUGCUAUUCAGAUGCUGGAAUGGAAGAACGUACUGGAGACGAUCAUGGGCACGCUCGGGAGCAGCCCGGCAGGAAUCACUUGUGUGUUGGAAUUCCUGCACGUCUUGCCAGAAGAAGUUACCGAAGGUCGCAAAAUCAAUCUGUCCGAGGAUGAUUUGCGGGCGCGGACAACAGAGUUGCUCGAGAACAAUGGGCCAACAGUGGUGCAAUUACUGACCCAAUACGCGCAAUCUUCUCCAGAGGCCUUGAAGAAUCCGCUGCUGAUGGACUGCAUCACAUCAUGGAUCCGAGAAGUCCCCGUGUACGACAUUGUCAACUCUCCGUUGCUAGAUGUUGUAAUGGCUGGCGUACAGAGCGACACUUCCUUCGACGCCGCUGUCGAGACUAUGUGUGCCAUGUUCAAGGAGACACGAGAAGCAGACGAGAACAUCAACACGAUCAAGAUUUUGUUCCCGAAGCUUGCGACACUGCUUCCUCGAAUCAAGGCAUCUGCAGAUGAGGAAGACUGGGAAACACUCAAAGGUGUCACACGAGUCUUUGCCGAAGCCGGUGAAGCAUGGGUCGUCCUAGUGGUACGAGAACCGGCUCAGUUCCGCGCCUUGGUCGAAUCCGUCCUGCAGUGCUGCCUUUACGAUAAGGAGCGCGAAGCUCUUUCGCAAACCUUCAAUUUCUGGUUCGAACUCAAACAGCUGAUUACGCUCGACCGAUACAUGGAAGCACGGAUACAGUAUGUCGACGUCUUCUCGAAAUUAGUCGACGUUCUCAUUGGACAUCUCCAAUACCCAGUAAGCGAAACUGGAAAUGAAGCCGAUCUAUUCGAUGGCGACCGAGAAGCCGAGGACCGGUUCCGCGAAUUCCGCCACGAAUUGGGAGAUGUACUCAAGGACUGCUGUGAAGUCAUUGGAGUCACGGAAUGCUUGAGAAAGAGCUACGAUCUGAUUGAAAAAUGGGUCGCCGAAUUUGGUCCGCAAGCAGGCAAUGGCAAUGUUCCCUCGUGGCAAAAGCUUGAAGCGCCCUUGUUCAGCAUGCGGGCGAUGGGUCGUCAAGUAUCCAAGGACGAAAACAUCAUGCUGCCACAACUGAUUCCUCUGAUUGUCCAGAUUCCCGACCAGGAGAAGGUCCGCUUCCAAGCGGUCAUGGCCUUGGGACGUUACACUGAAUGGACUGCUCAACAUCCUGAGACCCUCCAAGAUCAGUUCAACUUCAUAUUGGCGGCAUUCCAACAUCCAUCCUCAGAAGUCGUCAAGGCUGCAGCGUUAAGUCUCCGAUUCUUCUGUAAUGAUUGCGCAGAUCUGCUCAAGGGAUACAUGCCGCAGCUGCAGCAAUUUUACGAGGCAAAUCUCGACGCCCUCCCGCACACCAGCAGAGAGGAAAUCACAGAGGGUGUAGCGGCGGUAGUGGCAAGACAGCCACUGGAGACGCUCUACGAUUCUAUGAAGCUUUGCUGCGACCCCAUCGCGAAGAGACUUGUAGCUAUGGGUCAGAACGCCAGCGACAAGGAGCAGAAGAUAGCGAUUGCCGACUAUGUCGGUCUCUUGACCAUCUUCAUCGAAUACGUCACUCCGUAUGUCGAGCCAUCGAAGCCUCACCCUGCUGUGCAGUACUGUGCCGAAGUCUUCCCAAUGUUGGCAGCAUUGGCAGAGCGCUUCAUCGACUUUGUGCCCAUCGUGGAACGGACAUGUCGAUGCUGGCGCUACAUGGUCCUCUCGUACCGCGUCCACGCUGCUCCACUUCUGCCACAACUGGCUGAGAAGCUCAGCGCCGGAUUCACCGCAAGCCGACAGGGAUGCUUCCUCUGGGCGACCGAUAGUAUCGUGCGAGAGUUCUCCGACGUAUCAGACUACGUGUCCCGUGACACAACCGACAACAUUUACAUGUUCUACGAACAACAAGCCACCACCUUCCUCCGCGCAUUGAACGACCUCCCCCCCGAAGAUCUCCCCGACGUGAUCGAAGACUUCUUCCGCCUCAGCACCGACGUCCUCCUCUACCACCCAAACAAGCUCCUCGCCAGCAAUCUCAUGGAGCCCGUCCUCUCCGCCGCCUCCACCUCCCUCACGCUCCUCAAAGUCGAACCGCUAAUGGCGACCCUGCACUUUCUCCGCGACUUCCUCGCCUACGGCGGCGACGAAGCCCCCUCGCCCGCCUUCGACGCCACCGACGGCACCUACCAACUCCGCCCGAACCCGCCGCAGAUCAAGCAGACCGUGCACGCGCACAUCACGAGCCAAGGCGGCUCGCUCGUGCAACGCUGCAUGACCGGCAUGAUGUACAGCUUCCCUCCCGACUGCAUCCCGGACGCCUCCGGCGUGCUCCUGGCCCUGUUCGAGCUCGUGCCGCGCGACGUCGCCGUCUGGGUCGCGCAGACGGUCAACCUGCUCCCCGCGGGCAGCCUCGCCGCCGAGGAGAAGGACCUCCUCCUCCGUCGCGUCGGCGAUCUGGUGGACAAGGGCGAGAACCGGAAAAUCCGCACCCUGCUGCAGGACUUCACGGGCAGUUAUCGGCGGAGGAACGUCGCGCCGAGGGAGGGCCUGGGUGGGUUGGAGGGGGGAAAGUUUAGGUUCAAGGGAUGAGCGGGGUUUUUUCCUCGUUGCGAAAGAGGUGGGGGCGAAGGGGAGUGCUUUUAGAUCGAGUUUUUGGGGGUGGGGGCUUUAUCCGUCGUUGGUGCAUCGAGAGGUGAUAUCCAUGGCGAUCGUGUGCGAAGGG